AUGGCCGGCAAGACGCAGUCUUGCGUCUGCGCUAGCUGCUGCAGCUUCCAGAUAAUGAUCAAAGCUUGGCUGGAACUGCCUCAGUCUCUCCUGCGCUCUCAGCCGUGGAGCCGAGAAACAUUCGGCAUAGCUAAGAAUUCCGAGUUCGUGAGUGUCAAUGCUAUCAUCGACUUCGUGUACGCCACCAACGCGGCCAGCGACAUUCUCCUGAUAUGGGUCAUUUGCUACGUCCCACUUCACGCUCGAAAAGAUCGCACAAACGAAACACGUGAAGCCAACGUCACGCCAGAUGCCCUGAUAGGCUUCGAGGCUGAAGGAGGCGUUCGCUUUUGGAGUCCGCUGGCUGUCUUCACGGGAGUAGCUUUCAUCAGGGUUGCCGUCCUGAUGUAUUGCUUCGUGGGCUACCUGGGCUUGCUCUCGGAGGCGGCCAGCGACAGCUUCUUCGAUACGCCUGUCGACGUCAUUCCCAGCUCGACUGCUUCUUUGUCGUCAGUGCGGCCAUCGUCGUCUGCAUUGGCUCCGCGCGAAUACGGGGCUUACCCCAGAAAGCCGUCCCAGGCCUCUACAUCGCAUGUGUCUCAAACGAAGAUUACCGAUACACAGACCAUGCACGUCGAGACCGCGCCCAUGCAGCAACGAAAGCCGAAGCGAGGGGUCGCCGUCACGCCCACUUUGAGUUCGCUCAGCGACGGGAUUGUGCUGCGGGUGGUGCCGGGCCCGACCUUCAAGAGGCCUUCGUACGUGUGCUCUGUGUCGCCGCCGAACAUCAGACACUCGAGACAUGACGACGGUGGGCGCUCGGACGAAGACAGCCCGUCGGCCGGGAUGCCGGCAAGCUUCGACGCGAUCCAUGCGGCCACGCUCUUCGGAACCGUGCCCCGUAGGCUCGGUGGAACACGCCUGCCGUCACUCGCAGUUCCGUCCCUUGAUUCAUCCGGGAACCGCUUGCAAACAGACGUUGCCAAGAAACAGUCGGCCCAAGCACCGCCGGCGCCUAUCGGCGAAUUGAACACCAACGCUACCCGCCAAUCGUCGUGGACCCACUCGGACAACGACGCUGCGAAGACGGCAGUCGUGGCGGCCGUCGAAACGCACCUACCAUCGCCUGCUGGCGAAGCGGUGAUUGCCGCAAAGCCGUCAAGCGAAAGCUCGGCGAAACUCAAGCGACGCGAGCGACGCCGUAAAGGUAAACACAUCGCUUUCGGCAGCCACUCGCGGCGCGGCGGUCGCCACGCGCUUGAAAGCGGUGCCGCUCGCCUUACGCCUACCAUCUCGCCCGCCGGAAAGAAGCUUGGUGAUAAGGAGAUGGUUACUCUAGACGAUCACCCGUCUGCUAUGGACGAUGUACAACGGCGGGUUGCCGAUGAAGACGACGUCCACUGCAGCAGUCCUACGCCCGAGAGCGUCACCUCGAUGGAAGGGAGCAGCGAAGUGAUGGGCUCGAUGUUAAGUGCCAGCAGGCACGUGGCUUCGCCUUUAGUGACUUUCGUUUUUCGCACGCCUCCAUCUUCGGUGGCAGCGACGCCGGAGACGCUCGAGGACGCUGCUAAAUCGUCCGCAGUCCCUAACCGUGCACGUGGUGCGUUGAUUGUUGCGCCACCUGUCGUAGAGAAAAGAGAGCAAGCCGUGCAGACCGACAUAUGUUAGAACGCGUUAAAAAUUUCUG